GAGGCUACUGCUUGGUCUAAGUCAACACUUGUGUUGCCAAUUUAUUUUCCCUUCUUGAGCUUGAAAGCUACAUACCUCAUUGAAAAUGAUGAUUCCAGGCUUCCAACAUCACUUAUAGAUGCACUGAAUUUAGAACAUUUUUCGGCUCGAAAGAGAUGUUGUCGCACAUUGCCUAAUCUGUUCUUCCUGAGCCAAAGACGGGGAUCCAAAGAAAAUCUCUUAAACAAGGAGAGGCAUGCCUAUAAAACAGAACAUGGGCAAGACAAUAAAAGAGCAGUUGAGGUCAACAGUCAGGCCAGCACUGAAGAUGGAGUGAAGCACCUUCAGUCUCAGUCUUUGCCAAGGUAUUCAGCUGUGACUCAGAGGCCUUGGGAUCACAAGGCCCCACAGUGCUUAUCUUCAGAGGUUAACUCGAAACAGACAUUCCCAUCAGUGCAUAGCCUCUUUAGUCAACACUGCAAUCCAGCGUAUCUUUCACCGCUCAUUAUGCCAACCCUACCUGAAAAUGAGGGACAGCCAACAGAGACACAGCACCCCAUUUUGCCUUCUCCAAUCAAAGAGUCCCCUGUUGAAGCAGCAACAUGCAACGCACCUUCUAUCGUUCUUCCAGAAAACAUAGUCACAUCAGAUACAGAAAGAGAAAAAAAUCUAGCUUUCAGACCUGUUAGUCCUCAUCUGCGGCAUUCUCACAGAAAUGCUAGGACAUCAGCUAGCUCACUGACAUCUGUGGAUAACAGAGGUAAUGUAAUUGACUUGGUGAAUGACCAGCUGCCAGAUGUUAAAAUAUCUGAUGAAGAUAAAAAGAAGAAUCUCGAAUUGUUAGAAGAAGCAAAGAGGGUGAGUGAGAGGUUCCUCACACGAAGAGGAAGGAAAUCAAGAAGCAGCCUUUCAGAGUCUCCCACAGCUAUAUCCCCAGCACUUAGCCCUAAUGUUUCACCUGCUGCCUCUCGGAACAACUCUUUCACUCUUCCAAGUCCAACAGGUUCCGAUAUAUGUGCAUCUGCUUUGGGUUCAGUGCCUCCACUGCAGAAUGCCACAAAAGGAUUAACUGAUCGAAAUGAGAAUGAUCAAAGAAAACUUUCUCAGGAAAAACCAGUUACACAUACAACUGCUUUGGAAAAUCCAAAGAAGCUGACAGAACAAAAGGAGAACUUUGAUCCACAUAAGCCUAUGGAUAAUCUACCCAGAUCCUGUACUUCAGGUUAUGACACUGGCAGAGUAUCUCUAAAUACCAGCCCAAGCACCUGUGAAAACAAACUUCAGAAACUAAACCCUAAAAAAACAAAAGAAAAUGAUUCUCCUUUCCAAGGCCAUUUACCAGGACCAGGGAUAUUUACCAUGGACCCAAAGUUAAAGGGAUCAGUAGCACCAUUAUCGAAGGAUUCAAAAGUUUCUUGUAAAACAGAACUUAAUACACCUGGUUCCCGCCCUCCUCUAUUACGAGCUGUGUCGUGGGAUCACGCAGAACCUGGUAAUAUAGAAAAGGUACCUUUUAAAUGUCCAUCUGAAGAUGAUAGACACUUUGCCAUUAACAAUAAACCCAACAACAUAUCGACUAAACAGUCAGCCUUCAAAGACCUCCAAAUACAAGUUCAACCAGUAAGAAUGCAGAAAUUGACAAAGCUCAGAGAGGAGCACAAAUUGAUGCGGAAUCAAAAUUUAAUUGGACUUAAGCUCCCUGACCUAAGUGAAGCUGCUGAACAGGAGAGAGGGUCUUCACCAGUGCCUUUCUCAUCAGAGGAGGAAGAGGCGAAAAGUAGGUGUGAGGUGAUGCCCAACAUUCCUGACACUCUUUUACGAAAACUCCGCGUGCACACCUCUCUUCCAGGAAGCUCUCCUCCACUUACUGAGAGAGAGGUUGAGAAUGUGUUUGUACAACUUUCAUUGGCUUUCAGAAAUGAUAGUUAUACUUUGGAAUCAAGAAUUAACCAGGCUGAGAGGGAGAGGAAUCUUGCUGAGGAGAACACAGAGAAGGAACUGGAUCAUUUUAAAGUUGCUAUUACGUCUUCAGCUUCCUUGUGGCAUCAUUCUGAGCACAGAGACAUGUACCAGAGAUUGUUGGAGGACAUGGCAGUGCUGCAUCGUCUGGCCUCUAGAUUAUCUAGUCGAGCGGAAAUGGUUGGAGCUGUUCGCCAGGAGAAGCGCAUGUCAAAGGCCACUGAAGUUAUGAUGCAGUAUGUGGAGAACUUGAAGAGAACAUAUGAAAAAGAUCACGCUGAGCUCAUGGAGUAUAAGAAACUCGCCAAUCAAAAUUCUAGCAGGAGUUACGGCUCACCUGAAGAUGGUGUGCCCCGUACAUCAAGAUCCAUGUCUCUUUCUGUUGGAAAGAUGCCUCGAAGACGAGUCAGUGUUGCUGUUGUUUCAAAAUUUGAGCUCCCUGGCCAGUCACCUACUGCAUCACCCAUACCUUUGAUGCCAUCCCUGUCUGAGUCAUCAAAUGGAAGAAGCAAUCUGACAUCAACUCCCGUCUUAUCAGCACUUAUAGAGAAUGGAAAAUCAAAUGGGGACCCUGAGAGUGAACCACCUCCUUCAGCACCAGUACAGAGUGCCUUGGAAGAGAUCAGCCCAGAGACAAAAGCCAAAAUAGAAGAAGAGGCUUAUAACAAAGGUUAUCAGGAAGGCUUAAAGAAAACCAAAGAACUUGAACAGCUGAAAGAAGAUGAUGAAGAGAAAAUAGAUGAGAGCCCCAAAGAAUGUGUAGCAGGUGAAAGCGACGAUGAAAUCAGCAAGCAGCACAGCAAACUUGAAGUUGUUAUCCACUAUGUACAAAUACUGUACCCCAAACUGCAUAAACACUGGAACGUGCUCUGGAUUGUAGCUGCUGUUAUCGUCAUUUUUGCUGUGGUGCUGGGAAUCUCCAGUUUAUACAACUACUUUUCCUCCUGUACUGAGUUGUCGGAUGGGCCACGAGUGAAAGCUACCUGUUCUGCUGUCCAGCAAUAUUUCUGGUGGAACUCAGGACUGCAACAUGACCAGCGCACGGAAUAACAAAAGCAUGAAUGGAGAGGAGAACCACUUAACGAUACAGCAGUAAGCACCUGUUUGAGAACCGAGGUGCACAAAGCACCUCACUUUUCUGGUGGUUAAAUGUGAUCAGUAACCUACCGCUUAAUUUCGUCUGUGCCAUCAGACUUGUGAAUGCCGUGUGAUUUUUAUUUAGCCAGAUGCACCAGCCAAUAAAUGCUGUUCUCUCUUUCA